AUCAUGAAGAUAUGCGCAUGUAAAUGCUCGUUGAUGCAUUGAAACUUCGUUACGAGACCGUCUUUUGAAUAUUGAACGAAUUGCAAAGGAACAACAUGUAUGUAUUGUAUAUUUGACUCUAGUCACUUGUGACACAAUUAGACAGAGUACAGUGUCCUUGUAUUUCCGAAGGAAGAAACAUCACAACACAGGAUAAACCACUUGAGACUGGGUUUGAAUAGGAUCAUCUAACAUCUGAUGUACUGCACUGUUGCUUAACUAACACUAAGGCAACAACAACUAAUCAGGUCUACCGUCCCUAAGUGCAAAAAUCUCUAGCGAAAUAGAUUCUCUUUUGAGAGUUAUCAGUUGCUACUCGCCAUGGAUCAUCAAAUACGUGGUUUUGGUUGUUGUUACUUCUAAUCAUUCCGCAAUAACUACGUUGAUAUACAAUAUACUUAAAGUGAAGUUGUGCAUCCGUUCUGUGCAUAGCGGCAGUAGUUUUGGUURAAGAUCUCAAGAGAAAGUGGUGGAAUCCCGUGGAAUCGGGGACAUUAGCAAGARUGUGACGUUUUACAGGCCUUUGUCAUUAACAACAAAAGUGCUCUCAAACCAAACUUGCUUAAUCAUCGUUCAGUUUUUGCUUCAAYGUAGAAACACCGAAUUAUCGUCCAGUAUACAAAGGAAAUAACUUUUCAUCUGCUACUACAAUAUCAAGGGGCUGUUCCGUCGCUUCUUAACCAUCGGCGAAGAGGAUAACGAAUGAAGUGAUAARGCCACACAGCGAAAGUUCAGAUUUUUUUUGGGAAGAUCAGGUUCAACAAAUAAUCGACUAGAAAGGSCAACAGCAUGAAUAUUUCUACAAAUAAUUCAAAAACAUUCAGUCUUUCAGAGCCCUCUUUGAUUGGCUGGUGCUUUGGAUAUGGGUUAGUAGACGUCUUCAUACUAAUAAGCAACACCGUUACAAUAGUAAUAUUCACCAGAAGUAACCUUCUGCGCAAGUUGACCAACUAUUUCCUUCUCAGCUUAACUGUAGCUGACAUGCUCGUUGGGUGUGUGUCCGUUCCUAUGUACAUUUAUAUUGUAACGUUUUUAACAUCUAAUGAAAAAAUCGAUAACACUUCGCGAGAUAUAUAUUUGACUGUCGACAUUUUUACGGGCUUUGCCUCGAUAUUUGCACUAACGACCAUCGCUCUUGAGAGACUUUAUUCAGUGGUUCUGCCAAGUUGGCACCACACAACAAAGGCUUACGUCUAUCGUAUUCAUAUUUUUGCGAUAUGGCUUUUCGCUGGAAUUCUAGGUAUGCUACGAAUGCUUUUUUCAUACUAUGAUAACUUUAAAAUAAUGGAAAGUGUUUUCUAUGUUUCGACAAUGGGUGCACUGUUUUCUUCCCUCGGGAUCAUUUGUAUUGCUUAUAUUUGUAUCGCAAUUAAAGUACGCAUGCGUAUCAACGAGAAAACCAAAAGRGUAAUCGAGAAGAACCGUAAACUAGCUGUGACACUCAGCAUUGUAACACUUGUCUUCGUGGUCACAUGGCUGCCAUUUUAUCUUUUAAACGUUGCGCACAGAUUUUGUACCAAAAACUGUGAUACGAAUGUGCAACUGGAGGUWGUGUUGUUCAGCAAGUUGUUACAGUACUGCAACUCUUUUAUCAACCCUGUUAUAUAUGCUUUCAAGAUCCCUGAAUUCCGAAUCGCGUUGCUACGGUUGAUGGGGAAAAAAGUAUACAGGCAGCCCAGUACGGCUUUGAUAUCUCUCAAGGAGUCAAAAAAGCGAUCAGAUAAAGCGAAAAGCAAGCAGAAUGGAAAUGCAAAUGGGAAUGGAGAUGGAAAUAGAAAUAGAAAUGGGAAUARAAAUGAUCAUGGAAAUGAAAAUGACAUUUUUAGGAAGAGGUUGGGAUCAGAUUCAAUAUAAGUAUAUCGYACCCACAAUUCUUUGCGAGCUGUUGUCAUCUUCAAGAGACCUUAUGACUAUGGAUACAUAUACCUACUUGGAUAAACAAUUAGCUGGACCAGAGUAAAGAUGUCUAGUCUUCCCAUUUAUGAGGAAACCCAAAUAUCUCCAUAAUGCUUCUCGCACAAACAUGAUGAAAUUCUAGCUAAGAAACRAAAGAAUAAAUUCAGAGAAUAACAACAUGGUAGAGGCAUCUGCUACAAUGGAAUCACAUUCAAGAAACUUAAAAACAAAAAUCCAAAAUCCAAAGUCGAAAAUUCAUUGGAAUAUUGCUGGAGACGAUUAGUACUCCAACUUGUCAUAGUCAUGUGAUAUUUUUCCUCCAUAGAAAAUAUUUAAAAGGUAUGACAUGGUUAAUCAUCAUAAAUCAUAAAAUGCUGGUCUGUAGUCCAGAACUGGACCCACUUCUCUCACUAACUGACUAAUUUUCAUUUCAAAAUAAAAGGAAAACCGCGCGCGCACGAGAUACGAAUAACUCUUACCAGUCUCUUUCCUACUCGUUUCGUCUUGGCCGCGCGUGCUUCAAAAAAGUGGGUCCAGCGCUGGACUAGGUGUCCUGUCACGCGAUUAAUCACUUGGUAURUCACGUGUUUAAUGUUCAUAGGUCACGUAUAAUUAUUCCCUUAAAGUAAUUUGACUUGUAAUGUGAAUACCAUGUGGUCGAUCUCGUGGUUAAUCAUCACAAGUCACGCAACAUUUCCAAUCACGUGUGAUAGUCACGCGAGCUUUKUCAGAUGUGUGUGUGUUGGCUGACUUAACAUGGCAGAUCACAUGACUGACAUCUUAGGUCAAUCAAUAAUGGAAGCAAACGAUUCUAAAUAACUUUUCUGACUUUUACAAUUCACUGGUUCCUUAUUUUUGAUUUUAAGGGGGGCGGAUUCUUAUUACGAUAAUAGUGCAGUUUUCGUAUGACUGUGAAAAGCUCAGUGCCUUUUCUCGAUAGAAUUUGUGAAUUUCCAUGUUAGCCUCGCAUCCAUGAUACCCUUCUGAGAAGGGCCCAUAUUGUAUGCAGGCAAAUGCGUGUUCCUGUAAAGUUUAUGCUAAUGAGCCAGAACGAAAUUCAUGAUGAAUAAUAAGAGAUCAGUGAAGUCAGUAAUCAUAGAUAUGCGGUUGUAAGUAGUGUAAAAUAAUAUACAUAACGAUUACGAAUAUACCCUUUAAGAUGACAUUGUCAUAYCACACUAGCAGAAUAAACCCUGAGAUAACCAAGGCAUUAAUAUGAAACAGGCUCUGCACCAUCACGUGAUGCCGGYCAUAACAGGAGGCACAACGAUAGCCUUUUCUGGGAAACUGAAUUCUUUUUUAUUUCAAUCGGAUUAGUCAAGAUUCAAUUGUUCCUGCUACCUGUCAUAUUAUCACGUGAUGGUGCUAAGCCUCUAGAGGGGCUAAUACCACGGAUCUCACCGAACUGUGGCGACACGCUAAAAAUCUAUCUCGCUACCACACCCUAAUUGUUUUGAAUAAGAUGUGAUUUUCUUUUUGUAUUUACUGGGUUAUUUUGGUUAACAAAUUUUCGAUACUCUUUACUCAGUGUUUUCUAGAAUACUGAGCGUUUUUCAUGUUUUUGUGACCAAACGACUUGGGUUUUCGCUGCCGUCAAUCAAACAUAACUAACUCAGACUGUUGUGAAUUUGAUAGAGACGGAAUCAAAAAACACAAGGAAGCGUGCCACGUUUGGAAUUGUGUAAAUAGCGAAAAUACGCUCUGAUGUACAUGUAUUAUAAUGGGACAGACUCGUACCCAAUCCUUUCUCUCGUUCACGUUGAAACCUGAAAAUGAGGACUGGGUACGAUUCUGUGAAUGGGGUUACUCACAUUCACCGACUUAGCCGGGAUAUUGUAAAUACUUUUGACGGGGUACAUUACGUAGCGCGGGUGCGCUCAUUGAAGGUUGUAAAUAGUCAUUUCAGAGCCGCUGUCUUCCCUGUGGGAAUACGGUACUUGAUGUAAAUAAUUGUAACUGUUUUUUAUGAUACAGCGUAAAAAUGGGAUGAAAUAUAGAAUAUAUAUAUAUUUGUUACGAGUUAAUACAAUAUAUCUUCUAAGAGCUGGAAACUUAUGGUAUCUGACMUCGCACUCAAUUGGCUCCCAAUUUAAACCAAUCGUAACGCUAAGCAUACAGURCCUUGCGAUAAUGUGACACUCGAUUGGCUUCCCCUUUAACCAAUCAAAACGCCAAGCAUCCAGCCUGGCGGUAAUGCGUGACACUCAAUUGGCUUCCUGUUUUUAACCAAUCAAAACGCUAAGCAUAUAUUACCUUGAGAUAAUGUGCGACACUCAAUUGGCUUUCCCUUUUAACCAAUCAAAACGCUAAGCAUAUAUUACCUUGAGAUAAUGUGCGACACUCAAUUGGCUUUCCCUUUUAACCAAUCAAAACGCUAAGCAUAUAUUACCUUGAGAUAAUGUGCGACACUCAAUUGGCCAUCCCUUUCACCYAAUUAAAACCCAAAGCAUCAAAUCAUCAGCUUUUCAGCUUUCACGUAUCCACUAUGUGUUGUACCGUAAGUUUCAAACUCGUACGUAUGACAUGUUCACAUGUAAACGGGAUACAGGAUAGUAUAUACCAUAUGACUUCUGUACUUCUGAAAUAAAACAAAUAAAAAAAUAAAUGAGGAAGUACGUAGCUAGAAAGUCAAUAAUGGGUUUAAUUACCUCAAAUUAAUAGAUGCUGGUGGUGAGGCAUUGGGUAGGAUGUAAUGUUGUAGGAUGCUUGGUUGGUUGGAGUGAGUAAUAGUUAGUUCUCUACUGUACUUUCCCCUGUUGUACUCUACUCCACUGACGAUACUUUCCUCUCCUCUCUUCUCCUCUCUUUUCUCCUCUCCUCUCCUCUCCUCUCCUC